UCGGGUUGCGCUCCAUGGACCCCUUUGCCUUUGUCCCAAAAAGUGACGUUUAUUCCUCUCUGAUUUUUGCAUUUUCGUCGCAUUUACCAUUUCAGACGGGCUAUCGGAUCACGAUCGCGCCUCGGGACACUUUUCUGUCCCGGAUCUUCAACCCGACUGCAAUGGUAGAGUGAAGGGAAAGCUUGAAAUCGCUCGCCAUGGAGAAGUUUACCGUCGACCUGGACAAAGUGCUGGACGAUUUCGAGGGCACCGAAGAGGGCCAAGAGGAACCGUGCCUAAUCGAACAGGACAAGAAUAAGGUCCUGCCGGAUCGAGUUGUCGAGGAGCAGGAUAGCAAACCCGACCUCAUCGCGCCUUUUGAAGGAGGUGUCGGUGGCCUUCCUGACGUCUGUAAAGAUGACGGCCCUAAAGAGGAAUUACGAGAGUCAGGUGAUCUUUUGUCACUGGAGGUAGAGGAGGAAAUGGACACGACUUCAUCGCCGUCAUCUUCCUCUUCAGAGGAGACUUUUGCUGAAGUACCUGCAGCUCCAGAGGCUUUGGUAGAAGAUGAGCUGAUAGUGAUUCCGUCGGUCCAGCCAGUGAUAGAAUUACAAGAAGCACCUCAAGUGGAAGAAUUAGUUAUCCAAGAUGAGGCGACUGAACCAGAACCUGUCGUUGAAGAAAAAGAAGCACCACCCCAGGUUGUUUCUUUCAACGUUCCCGUAAACAUAUCUGAUGCAGAGCUGGAGGAAAUGCUGGAUAGUCUAGAAGAGACUGAACCUCCGCAGACAAAUGAAGAGGAGGUCAUGGAAGUGGCAAUUUGUGAGGCGGAGCAGGUUGAACCCGAUGUUUCGGCAGAAAAGUCCGAACUGCCAGACGAGUCUGAAGCUGCGGGAGACGAGUUCGAGCCUGCGUCUGAGGAAAUGGAGACUGAAACUGGCAGCAGUGACCAAAGCCCAGCAUUUGUCCAACGAGAAGCGGCUGAAGUUGUUGAAAAUUUAAGGGAUGAGGAAAGAAGAGGCUCUGCUGUCAGACCCCAGUCUUUGCAGUUAAAUGAGGAAGAUGGACAGCAACAUUUAGUUACAGUAGGCCCACCUGGAAAUACUCCCGGCACAAGCGCCUUCCCAAGUCCUCCAAAUAGUCCUGGUUCAAGCUCGCCUCGUCCCUCGUUAAUGCAAACCUUGGGUCAAAUGGCACCAUACUGGAUUCCUGACGCAGAAGCUCCUGUCUGCAUGCAUUGCGAGUCAAAAUUUACCAUGAUUAAGAGACGACACCAUUGCAGAGCGUGUGGGAAGGUCCUCUGCUCCAGAUGUUGCAACAGCAAGGCCAAACUCAAGUAUUUGGAAAACACUGAAGCUCGAGUGUGUCAAAGCUGCUAUCCAAUUUUAAAAGCAGCCGAGGACGACUCAUCUCCUUCAGCUCGUUCCCCGAAUCCAAACAACCCUAUGGAGUACUGCUCAACUGUGUCUCCUCUGCAGCAAGUGGCAGCUAAUCAGCGUCCACCCUCGGUGAUGGUGCCGGUGGGUGUUCUCAAAGACAAGAACAAGCCCCGAGGUGAGCCUAAGCAGGUCGUCUUCAGCGAUGGUGUGCGGCCAGGAGGAGAACGGACAAACCGAACGUCGCCUGAAAAGAGGGGCGCUGAGGCUCUGGUGCCUCCAGACCUUGCUUCCUACACCCUUCUGUCGGACUCGAGCUUUGAGGAGGACAAAGUUUUGAGCGCCAUCAGAAACGAGGCUGAUCCACCAGUUGUUUUUGCGCUGGGGAAGAAUCUCUUUGUCCUAGUGAAAAUCGUCAAUUUAAACUGUUGCGUCCACCGGACUGUUUGGUGUCUGACUACGAGAGGACUGCGCUGCGAAGGCCAAGAUGAAAUGGUCUUCAUAGUCGAGGCUCGUCCUGACGACCGUUUACCAAGAGAUAUUUUUGCCCACAUAUUGCGUGUCCACUCGGAAGCUAGUCGAGGCAAUACUGUCACAGAAAUGGGCCACUCCACCCUUUCAGGGCAAUUGGGUGGCUUUCUUUACAUCAGACCCACCACGCAGUGCCUGCAGAGACUCGUCUUACCCCCACCUCCGUUUCUCGUAGCUCUGCUCUUGCAGAAAUGGGAGGUUCCGUGGGCCAGGCUUUUUCCAUUAAGACUUGUUCUUCGACUUGGCUAUGAAUUUCGAUACUACCCCUGCCCACUCUUCAGUCUAAGAGAGAGGCAACCUGUUUUCUGUGAAGUGGGACAAACGAUACUGGAUUUAUUAGCUGACUUUCGUAAUUUUACCUAUACUCUUCCUUGCAUACAAGGCCUAGUUAUUCAUAUGGAAGACAAAAAGACAUCCCUGCUUAUCCCACGGAAUCGAUACGACCAAGUUGCCAGAGUUCUGAGCAACGCCAAUGACCACGUCUUAGCUCUCGGGGCCUCUUUCAGCAGGGACGCAGACUCUCACUUAGUUUGUGUGCAAGGAGAGGAUGAGGCGUAUACCUCCAAAGCUAUCAGCAUCCAAAACACGUCUAGAAAGACAACUGGAGCGAGCUUUAUUGUUUUUAAUGGAGCUCUGAAGACUUCAGCUGGAUUAUCAGCUAAAUCUUCGAUUGUUGAGGAUGGCUUGAUGGUGCAGGUUCUGUCUGAUACAAUGCAGGCGCUGUGCAAUUCGCUGAGGGAAAUGAAGGACUUUGUCAUAGCCUGCGGGCCGGCAGGCGCCGAAACAGAAACUAUAAACAUUCAGUGGGUGAAGGAAGAUCGUUAUUUCAAUGUUGGUGUUAGUAGUCAAGUUGAUGGAGCAAAAUUAGAAGGUGUGCCUUCGAUUCGGGUGCACAACGGCACUGAUUAUCGUGGUGAGAGAUGUUUUAUUCGAUGGACUGAAGUUUUUCUUCUGAAAGUUAGUGAGGAUGUUGGCGCAGCUAGGGGAGAUUUAGAUAUUAGUCGUGUUUCUGGAAAUGUUGCCCGUGCCUUUUGUGUGGCUCUUGUCCCUCUGUUGGAUAUGUUGGCGGCAGCUGGUCUUCUCAUCCUGGCCGUUCGCAUCACUCUAAAUCCUGAGCAGGUUGGCUAUGAAGCCGGAAGUGGUGGCGAGAAGUUACCCCCCAUCUACAUGCAGAGUUUGGAUGAUGAGUUAGUUCCAGUGAUACACCAGGCUGCUUCGCAGGUGGUUGAAGGCUCUACUGUCCUCGAGCUCGUUUUCAGUGUGAUGCGGCAUUGAUCGAAUCAAUUCUUUUGUGGCCAAUCUCUUGAGACAUGAUUACUCCUCCCUGAUCAAUUGUGAUUAUCGCUUGUAAUAAUAUUUCAACAAAUAAACAUAUUUUGAAGCUAUUAGUGUCUAGAAAUUUGAAUCUUAUUUCUUGAUUAAAAUGUUCUUCUAACAAAAUAUAACAUUACUGUUGAUUUUCCUAAUUUUAUUGCAAGGGUUUUCUAUGAAUGUGAUAAGUCUGGGUGGAAGUUGCAGUUGAAUGAUAAGGAACUAAUCAGUUUUGCUGCGCAUAUACUUGCGGUUUUCCAGUUUAAAAACGGACCAAUAGUAGAUUUAAUAAAAAUUUCCUUGUUCAAAUAUAAAUUACAAGCUGAUGAUCAGUUCGUUUGAGAGCUUGGGCAAAGAAGAGCAGCGUAAUUUAAGACUUAAGGAAGUAAAAUUAAAUCUACUGCAAAAAUUAAAAGCAAAAAGGAUUUUAAUUAAUUAAUGGGAAAGGGAUUUUUUUUUAGUUGCACAUCUAGACACGGAAGUACAAAGUGGGCAAUAUGAACAAUGUAUUGUACAACGCUAUUUGUCACUACAGCAACAAAACACAAACCUGCCUGAUCAAAAACCUGCCUACUAGUUCAACCUCUUGCGAAAAAAUCUCCGUCGACACAACUGUUGCUGUGGCACUGGCCGUUAUUUGUAUAAUUUCAUUAAUUUUGAACGCAGUCCAAUUAUUGGUCAUGUGUUGCUGUUGCAAGACAUCGCAUGUUUCAUCAAACAACAUUGUCAAAGUUGAGGCAGAGACGCCAAGCAAAGUUCCUCUGAAAAAUGAUGUCGAAAAUAUAGCUGAUGAUGAUGAUGAGGAAAUCAAUGAAAUGUAUGGAAAAGUAAGUUCCAGCAACGUGCCAUUGCGUGGCGAAGUAAAAACGACAACUUAUGAGCCCUUGUAUGCAGAAAUAAAGC